AUGGCGCAGUCGCACCGUUGUGUGGCGCUGAUCGCCGCUCUCGCAGCUGCGGUGCUGCUCUUGGCGCUUGCCGCGCCCGCGGCACGUGCCAGGGUGGCGAGCCCAUGGGAUGCGAUCGAGGACGACGUCUACUUGGAUAAUGGUUUUGAUGCCGAGGAAAAACCGUUCCUUAUAAGCGAGGCAGAGAGGCUGAACACGCUGAAGGUGAUGCAGGCGUUUGCUGCUGCGAUGCCCUCGCUGGGGUGGAGCGGAGACGACUUCUGCACCUGGGCUGGUGUGAGGUGCUUCGAUACCAAUGUGAGCUUUAUCAGCACUGGUAGAUUGGCUACCGGCACGCUGCCUGAGAUGCCUGAUGACGUGGACUACUCGCUGGUGAAGCUUGAUCAGGUGGAUCUCUAUAAGAACGCCGGUGUCACUGGAAGCCUGCCGAGCAGCUGGAGCAAGCUGCAUAAGGUGAGGACAAUCAACCUUGGGUACACGAGCAUCAGCGGCACGCUACCUGCGUCGUGGAGCUCGAUGAGCUCGCUGAAGUUCUUGAGCCUGAGCUUCACGGAUGUAUUCGGCACGCUGCCGGCUGCCUGGGACUCGAUGCCGAGCAUUGAGAUCAUCCUUAUGUCCACCACUCAGCUCAGCGGGACUCUUCCUGAGGAGUGGAGCACUAUGCCGAGUGUACGGAGGAUUCACCUUCAACAGUGCCACCUGCACGGCUCCUUCCCCGCGUCAUGGGCAGAGAUGCCGUCGCUUGAGCGCUUGGGCCUUCAACAGAACGACUUCUGCGGCUGUGUGCCGGACUCGUGGCUGGCCUCCCCCACGCUAUGGGUGGGCGUGGACGCCAAGCACCGCAUGCCCGACUGUGCGACUGCCCACGCCUGCGCUGAGACCACAACGCCCGAGCCCGUCCCGAGCAGCUCCGGGCCCACUGGCGGGGUGUCCGGGUCGUCCAGCUCGAGCACCGCGACGACUGCGGAGCCGACCACGAGCACUACCACUACCAUGCGCCCCACGACGACCAUGCGCCCUACGACUACCGCGCGCCCUACGACGACCAAGCGCCCUACGACUACCGCGCGCCCUACGACGACCAAGCGCCCUACGACGACCAUGCGCCCUACGACGACCAAGCGCCCUACGACGACCAAGCGCCCUACGACGACCAAGCGCCCUACGACGACCAAGCGCCCUACGACGACCAAGCGCCCUACGACGACCAAGCGGCCUACAACGACCAAGCGGCCUACGCGGGCUCCGUCGCCGUGCCUCGUGCCGCACUGCUUGGUGUGCGAUCCCGGCAACGCCAUAUUCUGUAAAGUGUGCGAGUGCGGGUUCCAUGUGACGUCUGGCGGGUAUUGCGCGGGGAGUCCAUGUUAG